GGCCGGACCCUGAGCCUCGCUCUCUCGCGCUGCGGCCGCCCGCGCCUCCUCGGCCGCCUGCCCGGCAUGAAGACCAAGUUCUGCAACGGGGGCGAGGCGGAGCCCUCGCCGCUCGGGCUGCUGCUGAGCUGCGGCGGCGGCAGCACGGCCCCGGCGCCCAGCGUGGGGCAGCAGCGCGACGCCGCCAGCGACCUCGAGCCCAAGCAGCUGGGCGGCCCGCAGCCGCCGCUCGCGCUGCCGCCGCCGCCGCCGCCGCCGCUGCCGCUGCCCCCGCCGCCGCCGGCCGACGAGCAGCCCGAACCUCGGACGCGGCGCCGGGCCUAUCUGUGGUGCAAGGAGUUCCUGCCCGGGGCCUGGCGCGGCCUUCGCGAGGACCAGUUCCACAUCAGUGUCAUCAGAGGUGGCCUCAGUAACAUGCUGUUCCAGUGCUCCUUUCCUGACUCCGUGGCCACCAUUGGUGACGAGCCUCGGAAAGUGCUCCUGCGGCUCUACGGGGCGAUUUUAAAGAUGAGGUCCUGUAAUAAAGAGGGAUCCGACCAAGCUCAGAAAGAAAAUGAAUUUCAAGGGGCGGAGGCCAUGGUCCUGGAGAGCGUCAUGUUUGCCAUUCUCGCAGAGAGGUCGCUUGGGCCCAAGCUCUACGGCAUCUUCCCCCAAGGCCGCCUGGAGCAGUUCAUCCCGAGCCGGCGCUUAGACACUGAAGAAUUAAGUGUGCCAGAUAUUUCUGCAGAAAUAGCCGAGAAAAUGGCUACGUUUCAUGGUAUGAAAAUGCCAUUCAAUAAGGAACCAAAAUGGCUUUUUGGAACAAUGGAAAAGUACCUGAACCAGGUGCUGAGGAUUACGUUCUCGGGGGAGCCCCGGCGGAGGCAGCUCCACCGCCUCCUGCGCUACAACCUGCCCCUGGAGCUGGAGCACCUGAGGUCGCUACUCGAGUCCACCCCUUCUCCAGUUGUGUUUUGUCAUAAUGACUGCCAGGAAGGUAAUAUCUUAAUGCUGGAGGGCAGAGAGAAUUCCGAAAAGCAGAGACUGAUGCUCAUCGACUUCGAGUACAGCAGUUAUAAUUACAGGGGAUUCGACAUCGGGAAUCAUUUCUGCGAAUGGAUGUACGACUAUAACUACGAAAAGUACCCGUUCUUCAGAGCAAACAUCCUGAAGUACCCCACCCAGAAACAACAGCUCCAUUUUAUUUCCAAUUACUUGGCUGCAUUCCAUAAUGAAUUUGAAAACCUCAGUAAUGAAGAAAAGUCCAUUAUAGAAGAAGAAAUGUUGCUUGAAGUCAAUAGGUUUGCCCUUGCAUCCCAUUUCUUCUGGGGACUUUGGUCCAUCGUGCAGGCCAAGAUUUCAUCCAUUGAAUUUGGAUACAUGGACUAUGCCCAAGCAAGGUUCGAUGCCUACUUCGACCAGAAGAGGAAGCUCGGGGUGUGAGCGUGGAGGCGCCAUCCACUUCAUCCCUGGACUGCGUGGGGGCGGCCGAGCCAGCGGGGCCUUCCGUGCUCCAACAGCUGUCGCCGCGGCAAGCUUGGAUGGCUCGCAGCCGGACGCAGAUGUGUAUGAUACGAAAGACUGUAUUAAAAUUGAGUAACAUUUA